CCCAUCUUAAUAACGGCCCUCCAAAACCCCAAUUCCCCCGUCCAGCGGAGGCUCAUCCGUAUCCGACCAUCUCCGGCCGCCGCUCCCUCCGGACCCUCCGGCGACAUGGGCACCGUCACUGCCGCAGAUCCGCACCCGUCCUUCCUCGCCGAUAAGGACGCCAAGGUCUUCGUCGCCGGCCACCGGGGCCUGGUCGGGUCCGCCAUCGUGCGCCGCCUCCUCUCGCUCGGCUUCACCUCCGUCGUCGUCCGCACCCACGCCGAGCUCGACCUCACCCGCCAGGCCGACGUCGAGGCCUUCUUCGCCGCCGAGCGCCCGCGCUACGUGGUCCUCGCGGCCGCCAAGGUCGGCGGCAUCCACGCCAACUCCACCUACCCCGCCGACUUCAUCGCCGCCAACCUCCAGAUCCAGACCAACGUCGUGGACGCCGCGCUGCGCUGCGUUUCCGUCCGCAAGCUCCUCUUCCUCGGCUCCUCCUGCAUCUACCCAAAGUUCGCGCCGCAGCCCAUCACGGAGGGCGCGCUCCUCUCCGGCCCGCUCGAGCCCACCAACGAGUGGUACGCCGUCGCCAAGAUCGCCGGCAUCAAGAUGUGCCAGGCCUACCGCAUCCAGCACGGCCUCGACGCCGUCUCCGCCAUGCCCACCAACCUCUACGGCCCGCACGACAACUUCCACCCCGAGAACUCGCACGUCCUGCCCGCGCUCAUCCGUCGCUUCCACGAGGCCAAGGCCACCAACGCCCCUGAGGUCGUCGUCUGGGGAUCAGGCUCGCCGCUGCGCGAGUUCCUCCACGUCGAUGACCUCGCGGACGGCGUCAUCUUCUUGAUGGAACACUACUCCGGCCUGGAGCAUGUCAAUGUGGGGAGUGGGAGUGAGGUCACCAUCAAAGAGCUCGCCGAGCUAGUCAAGGAGGUGGUCGGCUUCCAGGGGAACCUUGUGUGGGACUCCAGCAAGCCGGACGGCACACCCAGGAAGCUCAUGGAUAGCUCCAAGAUACAGGGGAUGGGGUGGAAGCCCAAGAUCGCCCUCAAGGAAGGCCUCAUCGAAACCUACAAAUGGUACGUCGAGAAUGUCAUCUCGAACAAGAAGUAGAGCCAUGACAUGCCAGCGGUGCUGGCUUGUUCUCCAUUGCUAUUUCCACAAGUUGGUAUCGUGAUCUGUAGUGUUUCUAUGGUGGUUGAAUAUCUGAUCAUACGGUUGUCAGUUAUAAGUUAACCCACAUAGAAGAGGCUUGUUAUGUGUUGUGUUGCCUGAAUAAUCUGUGGGUCGAGUACUCGAGUUAGUAUACUGCUACAAGCAUAAUUGUUCUGGAACACUUUUUAUUCAAUAGAGAAAGUUUAUUGACCAAAAUGAUGA